AUGCUCUUUUUUCUUUCUUUAUAUUUCUUCAUUAGUUUUAAUCUUUAUGCUUCUUUCUGUCUGUGUUACGUUUUAUUCUUUUUUGCUUCUUCCAAGUCGUCUUCGAGUUGCCUUGCUUCUUCGGAACAAUCUUUAUUACGUCAUUCCACCUGUAUUCCCUAUUUUUCUUUUCUCAACCAUUUCCCUCUUGUUGUUGGCUUCUUUUUCAUUCUUCUAAUUCCAAUUUCAAUUUUCUUUAUUUCCCAACCACCCUCCUCCUCCUCCUUCUUCUUCUUCUUCUUCUUCUUCUUCUUCUUCUUCUUCUUCUUCUUCGCUUCUUUCAUUGAUUCACUUCACUCUUUUUCUUCUUCUUUCCUUCAUUUGCUUCAUUUUCAUUCUUCUUCUUUUUCUAAUUUCAUUUUUUCUUCUUUCUUCAAUUAUUUCUCUCAAUAUAUUCUUCUUCAUUGCUUACCUCUUCCCUUUUAUUCUUUCACUCCUUCCAAUUGCCUUUUCUUCUUUUUUCUUGCCAAUUUUAUUCCCAUAAUGAUUUCAUCAUUCCCUCGAUUCUUCACAUAUAUUUCUAAUUCUUUCUUCUUCUUCUAUGUGUAUUCCUUCUUUAUUUUUAAGCAUUUUUACUUCUUCUUCUUCUUUUUCUUUUUAGCCUUCUCUUCCAUGUCCACCCUCUUUAUUUUUUUCUUCUUCUUCUUCUACUUCUCCUCCUCCUCCUCCUCCUCCUUCUUCUUCUUCUUGUCAAUGUUCACCUUUCUUUUUAACUUUUCGUCUUUUUUAAAGCGUUUAUUUCUUCUUACUAUUUUUCUCUUUGGUUUCCUUUUUUUCUUUAUAAGCGUUUAUUUUUUCUUUUUUUCCUUUUCUUCUUCUUCAUCUCCGUCAUUGUCUCCUCCCACUUCUAAUUCUCAUUUCUUCAUCUUCUUUUUCUUAUUCCUCUACUCGUCUCCUCUUCCUCCUCCUUAUUCUCAUACGUCUUCUCAGACUUCAUUUUCUUCUUCUUUUUCUCCUUCUUCUUCCUUUGUUAAAAUUAUAUUAUUAUUUUCUCUUAAAUGUUUUUGUUUUCUUCAUCCCAAUGCCCUCCCGGCUUUUUUUUCAGUUGUCUUCCCAGAUUUCUUUCAUGAUUUCUCCUAA